AUGAAGUCCCAAUUCCUCCUCCCAGCGGCACUGCUGACUCUCACCCAUGCCGCCACAAUCCCCGAAUCCGCAAAACCAAUCAUAGUCCCAGACUCAGUCCUCGACGCCGCCAUCCGUGAACCACUCCAAAACUUCAUCACCGGCCCCGUCCAUGGCAUAGACCCCUCCGCCUUCUUCUCAGUCACCACCCUCUCUGAGAAUGACGAAUACAAACUCGCCGCCGCGGGCGAGGUAGCCUGGGCCGCCAUCGAGCUCGAGGUCUCAGCCGCCUUCGUCGGCUCCGACUCCAUCUCUGCUUCUGACGAGGGCGAGAACCUGCGUGAUGCCGCAACCGUCGCGAUGAACUCCAUUGCGAGGAGCGGUGUCCCUCCUCCUCCUCCCCACCCUCCUCAUUCGGACCCCCCGCACCGGGAGCCGCAUGGGCACCAUGAGGGUAUCACUAGGGAACAGCUUUGUGAAUAUUACAAGGGCAUUGCGUGGAAGACUGGGGGCUUGCAGACUGCUGUGUAUCAGUGGCAGUAUGAAUAUGUUCCUUGGCUCGUUCACAACAAGGGACCUUACAUUGUUGUCCUAGACGGCCUCCGUCACAUCGAAUGGGUCCUCUGGAAAAUUGAACAAGCCCUCGUCAACGCACACUUCCACUACGAAGAUGAACUCGACAUCCUCGCAUGCUACCAAGAGUACUCCGGCCGCGAACUCCAAAUCACCCACGUCCCAACAACAGCUCCCGCCCUGCCCACCCAAACAACAGCAAACAUGACGAUCGGCCUCCCAUCAAACACAAUGGCCCACCACCCCCGUGCCCUCGACGAGCAACUCGUCACCACCACGGUCACCAUUCAACCCACCAGGCCCACCACACCGCCGCCACCAGGACAUCCAGAGAACAACAACAACAACAACAACAACAACAACAACAACAACAACAACAACAGACCCGAAGAGGCCGGCACCUCGUGGCCUCACCUCCCCUGGCGCCGCGAUCACCCGUCCCUGAAGAAGCUCCUUCGCCUCAUCACGGCCAAGGCACCCGUGUCAAAGUACCAGUCGUACGCGAACCACCGCAUUUACAAUGUCUUGAAGCAGCUCGAGUACACCGCGUUGGCUUCAGCCAAUGCCCUGCACAGCAAGUUGAAGGAUCCGCACCACCAGUCUUUGCUCGACUACGAUAUCUGGAAGGGGCAGGGUAUUAACCACGCCUUUGAGGUGGCUAUCAACGCGUAUGAGGUCAAAUGA